AUGACAAGUACGAAAGCUCCAUCAUCAUCUUCGAUGAUUGAAACUGAAAGUCCAAUUGGGACAUUGUCUUCAAUCUCUUCCCUUCUCCAUCAGCUCCUAACAGAAUACAAUCUGGAUGCUCAUGAUCUCACAAGCCUAGAAGCUUCAUGUUCCUUCUUCAGCCGGAUUGCUCAAGACGAAGAAACCCUCUCAUGGACAGAGGCUGCAGCUUUGGAUCUCUGCAAGAAGAAACUUCUCAGCUUUGAGUCUAUGACAGCCUCACAGAUUGAAUAUCUGAAGAACAGGUGUGGAGGCUUAUGGAAACGCGUCUUGAGAUUCCUGCUCGCCCGUGAGUUCUGCUCCAGGUGGGGGAAAUCUAAAGUGCUAACCGGACCAGGUCAUAGCAUUGCGAUCAGCUCGAACGGAGUUGUUUCUUCAUUCGGGAGCAAUGAAGCGGGGCAGCUUGGAUACGCAACCCAAGGCAUCAACUCUUUGCCUCAACAAAUUAGGUCGGUCUACUCUGUUGGAUGUGGACAAGGCGGACAGCUGGGACAUGGAGAAAUAGAAAAUAAGAAAAAAUCAAAAAUGAUUACAAAAUUGAUAGAUUUGAAUUUUGAACCAGUUAUGAUUUCCGCCGGACAUAUUCAUUGUGUCGUGUUAGGGAAAGACGGAAGGGUUUGCACAUGGGGUUGUGGGUUUCAUGGAUGCUUGGGAUAUGGAGACGAAAAAUAUCAAACAGUCCCUAAAGUGGUGGAGUCAUUGGCUCACCUCCAAGUGGUCUAUGUGUCGGCCGGAGCAUUUACCACAUUUGUCGUGACAAAAGACGGUGAUGUAUAUUCUCUAGGAUAUGAAUAUCCAUCGAGCGUCGGACUCCGCGAGGAUGAAGUUGCCGUUUUUAAUGAUGAUGUGAAUCCCAGCCUUCUAAGGCUGCUAAUUAAGGUUCCAUAUCUUAAAGAGAUCUUACAAGAGCGGGUAGUACAGAUUAGUAGCACGAAAUCGUUGAUGGAGGUACCCCAUACUCUGGUUCUCACUGAAUCGGGCAAGGUUUACGGUUUUGGAGCUGGAAACACAUGCCAAUUGGGAGUGGAGAUGGUCGUCGUGCCCAACAAUGUGGCUCAAAGGGCGGAACCCUUACCCAAGCGAGUUGAGAUUAAUUUCGGAUAG